AUGCCUCGUAAGGACAGCGAGAGCAGUUCGUCGAGUCCUGAACAGUCUCAGCGCGAAGACGAAACACUCUCGAGCGAUGUGAAACUGAUCUCAGAAGUGGUGGAAGGCGUUGAAGUCGGUUAUCUUUGUACAUUAGGCGACAACCUCAUUUUGGAGAGGACUUCGAAAGUGUUCAUAAAGGAAAAAGACGUUGCAAAGGGUAUUGCGAUGCCCACUUGCAUCUCUGUGGAUCAUUGCAUAUGCCACUUCUCGCCGCUUCGAUCUGACCCCCCUGUUCUACUGAAAAAUGGACAAAUGGUCAAGAUUGAUCUGGGUGUUCAUAUAGACGGUUAUAUAGCUACAGCUGCACACACUGUUGUUGUUGGAGCUUCUCCAACCAGAAAAGUCACAGGUGCGCAUGCCGUGCUUCUAAAGGCCACAUAUGAUGCUAUGGAAAUUGCCAUUCGUAUGCUUCAACCCGGCAACAAAACAAUGGACAUAACGACAGCGAUCGAUAAAGUGGCUGCUGAUUAUGGUGUAGUUCCCAUUGAAAAUAUGGUGUCUCACCAGUUGAUGAGAGAUCAGAUAGAUGGCGAAAAGCAGAUCAUUCAAAAUCCAGGGGAGAAGCAACGAAUGGAGAUGGAAAGGUUCACAAUAGAGAAGCACGAGGUCUACGCCAUUGAUAUUCUAUUUUCCACCGGUAAAGGCAAAGCGAAGGAUAUGGAUACUCGUACCACAGUGUUCAAAAGAAAUGAGGAUAUACAAUAUUCGUUAAGAUUGAAAGCUGCACGGGCUUUAAUGAAGGAAUGCAAAGAUAGGUUUGGAGUGAUGCCAUUCACUUUACGUGCUUUUGAAGAUGAAGUGAAGGCAAAAAUGGGAGUUGUUGAGCCUGAAAAGCAUGGGCUUCUUCGUCCAUAUCAGGUGUACUACGAGGCAGCUGGCGAGAUGGUGGCACAGUUUAAAGCUACAGUGUUGAUUAUGCCAAAUGGGCUGUUGAAAAUUGCUGGGCUCCCUCUUGAUAUGAACUUGAUUGAUACUGAUGCAAAAUUGAAGGACGCUGGAUUGAUUGCUACGUUAAACUCACAGCUCAAAAAAAAGAAGAAGAAACCUGCAAAGAAGGACGUUCCUAGUAUCACUGAUGCUGUUCCAGUUGCUGAGCCACUAGCAGCAAAAUAA